AUGGCCACCAACUACAGCGCGAACCAGUACGAAGAGGCCUUCUCCCCGAAGCACCUGCGGAACUGGGCUCCCCCCAGGCCCACGAAGCAGAGCAUCCCGUCCCACGAAGGCUACACUCAGAUUAUCGCUAACGACCGCGGUCACCUGCUGCCUUCCGUGCCGCGUUCCAAGGCGAGCCCCUGGGGCUCCUUCCUGGGCACCUGGCAGAUGCCGCUCAAGAUCCCCCCCGCGCGCGUGACGCUCACGUCCCGAACGGCUGCCGGCGCUGCCUCCCUCACCGCGUGGAUGCGGAAAAACCCCGACUUCCUCAAGGCCUCGGACGGGCUGCGUCCGGAAAUCCUCGGCAAGCCCCGGGACCCGGACGGCGCGCCCCGGAACCCCGGACAACAAGCAGCAAGUCCAGCCACGAGUCCUUGCUGCCCGGACGCGCCCCAGAGCCCACACCCCUCUGCAGGUCACACUCCGGGUCCCGGAAGCCCAGCCCCCUCUCCUGGGAGCCCCGCUGGGAGCCCCUGUGCCUCGGACCUGGGCAGGUGCUAUCCAGCGGGGGCCCAGAGGUGCCCACCUGGGACCCCUGGGGGGACCCACUGAGGAAACCUUUCUACAGAGUGAAGUCAUGCGCGAGACC